AAAAAACCCCCUCCUUUUGUCUUUGGUUGUGAAAACUUGGGUUAUUUUCAUGUCUCCAGAAUCCAGAUAACACAGCGUUUCACUCCAUUCUCCACUCUGUCUAGGGUUUCCUACCAUUUUCCUCAAUUCGAAAGCUUCACUUCUUUUGUCAUCCAAUUUCUCAUCUAUCAAAUCGCCGCGCGAAUUUUUCAGUCCGGAUUUCCUUCUCUGCGAGCUGGCAGUCCCAAUUUCCUUCUCUGAAAGGGAUUGGUCGCAUGUGAAGGAGGAAUAUGUAUUCUUCACGAGGGAGUGGCGGUUACGGCCAAUCCUACACGAGUCAAUCCGCAUAUGCCCAGAACCUGGGAGCUAAUUACUCUGGGAGUUCCGUUGGGGGACAUGAUGUGGGUCAGCAUUCCGUGGCUUCUAGGCAUUCAACAAUGUUAGGUGGUUCUCAGGAAGUUGAUGUUAGUGGGUAUAGGGCUCAUACUUCCACUGCUGCACAGUAUGGGGGACAGUAUAGUUCUGUUUAUGGCUCGGCUGCUUUAAGCAGUGCACAGCAGGUCCCUUCAUUGAGUACUAAGGGUUCUGCAUCAUCAGCUUUAGAUGGUCGUGGAGGUUAUGCUUUGGGUGUCUCUGAUUCACCUAAGUUUGCUUCCGGAGAUUAUGUCUCCUCCUCAAGCCAUGCAUAUGGUCACAAAACUGAACAAUUGUAUGGUGAAAAAGGUUUGGAGUAUUCUGGAAUAGAUAGGAGGCAAUAUGGUGAACGACAGAGUGGUUACAUUGGUAGGGACUUGACAAGUGAUCCAGCUGGAAGAUAUGCUGCUGAUCCUGUUGGGUUUAGUCAUCAACGUCAGCAGUCAGAAAUAUAUGACCGCAUUGAUCAGGCAGCUUUGCUUCGACAAGAGCAGUUGCUUAAAGCUCAGUCUCUGCAAGCUGCAUCACUUGAUGGGGGUACUAGACAAGCUGAUUAUCUUGCAGCUAGGGCUGCUGCUAGUCGUCACCCCACUCAAGAUCUUGUGUCCUAUGGAGGAAGAAUGGAUUCUGAUCCCCGUGGUUCGUCCAUGCUAAGUGCUACUUCUUAUGGUGGACAACAUGCACCAUCAAUAUUAGGAGCAGCUCCAAGGAGAAAUGUGGAUGAUCUCUUGUAUUCUCAAAAUGCUUCAAACCCUGGUUAUGGAGUGAGCCUACCUCCUGGUAGGGACUAUGCCAGUGGUAAAGGUCUUCAUGGGAAUGCCAUGGAGAUAGACUACCCAGGAAAUGUGCUGCCACAUGGUGGGCAUACUGAUCGCAAGGAUGACCGAGCCAGCUAUCUACGAGAAUUUGAGCUAAGGGAAGAAGAGCGACGCCGGGAGCGCUUGCGUGAGAGAGAGAGGGACAGAGAAAAGGAGAAAGAACGUGAACGAUUGCGAGAACGGGAACGAGAAAGGGAACGCGAAAGGGAUCGCAUUAUGGAGCGGCGUGAGAAGGAGAGGGAGCGUGAGCGCAAACGUGCAGUUGAAACUAAGCAUGAACGAACUCCAGCGAGAUCCUCCAAGGAUCCCCGUGUUACUUCAAAAGAUCUCCGUGGGUCAUCUUUGACAAAGGAAGGGAGAUCUUCUCGACGGGACUCCCCACAUCAUGGUGCUUUACAUAGGCACCAUUCACCUGUUAAAGAAAAACGGAGAGAAUAUGUCUGCAAGGUAUACCCAGCCCGUUUGGUAGAUGUUGAGAGGGAUUACCUCUUGAUAGAUAAGCGAUAUCCCCGACUGUUUGUCUCUCCUGAAUUCUCCAAGGCUAUUGUGAAUUGGCCAAAGGAAAACCUUAAAUUGUCUAUUCACACUCCUGUCAGUUUUGAGCAUGACUAUAUUGAAGAAGACAGUGCAACUGAGCCUAGGGACUCCACCAGCAAGCUUUUGCUGGGACAAUCUCCAAAUUCAGAACAAGGAAAUACAGUUUGGAAUGCCAAAAUAAUCUUGAUGAAUGGACUUAGUAGGUCUGCAUUGGAAGAGUUAUCCUCUGAUAAAAUUGUUGAUGAUCGCAUUCCUCAUAUGUGCAAUUUCCUUAGAUUUGCGGUUCUUAAGAAGGACCAUUCAUUCAUGGCAGUUGGCGGUCCUUGGAAAGCUGUGGAUGGGGUUGAUCCAUCUAUUGACAAUAACUCCUUAAUCAAAACUGCUCUAAGAUAUGCAAAGGAAGUACUUCAACUUGACUUGCAGAAUUGUCAACGGUGGAAUCCUUUUCUAGAGAUACAUUAUGAUAGAAUUGGCAAAGAUGGUUUCUUUAGCCACAAGGAGAUCACUGUUCUUUAUGUUCCCGAUUUGUCGGACUGCCUCCCUUCGUUGGAUGAAUGGCGUGACAAAUGGCUUGCCCACAAGAAAGCUGUGGCUGAAAGAGAACAUCAACUUUCUUUGAAAAAAGAGAAACUAAGAGAUAACAAGGAUGUACCUAAAGAUAAAACAGAGAAAAGGAAGGAUUCUGCUCCAUCAGGACAGUCAGAUGUAAAGAAGAAAGAGAAAGAUGGUAAUACUGUUAAGGAGGAAAUUGAAAAAACUGGAGUGGAUAACAAUAAAAUCGCCAAAAAGGAAGGUUCUGACAUUGGUGACGAAGGCAAAAGUGCUGAGAAAAAGUCAGGGGAAACUGCUGCUGGUCAGACCACAAGUGGCGUGAAGUCUGUGAAAAAGAAGAUUAUAAAGAGGAUUGUGAAACAGAAAGUUGGUACUAAGGCAAAUUCAACUACCUCCAAACAAAUAAACAAAUCAGGUGAAAAGGAUGUUACUGACCAAGUGACUACAUCCAAUGUUACUGAUCAGGAUGACAAAUCCUCGGUGGAUCCCACUGGGGUAAAAACCUUAGUUGCUGAGGAUGUGUCUGUACAGAAAACUGAUGGUGAGGAGGGAAAAGAUAAGCAAAUGAAUAGUAUUGAAUCUAAAGCUCAAAACAAUUUGGAUCCAUCUGUAAAUGUAGUUGCUGGUGAUCCUGCUGUUAAAACAACAAAGAAGAGGAAAAUUAUUAAGCGGGUACCUAAAAAGAAGGUGGUGGGUGAGGCUUCUAAAUCUCUAGUUUCUGAUCCUAAAAAGGAAGAGGGGAAUCUAGGAGAAGAUGGUACCCAGAGCUCUGGCAAGCAGAUUGCAGAUGCAACUACAGGAGGGACUGAGGUGAAGAAAAUAGUGAAGGUAGUUCCUAAGAAAAAGAUAAAAACACCUGCCUCUAAGAAGCAAGAUCUAACUGCCGAUUCCAAUACAACAGAAACAGUAUCAGACAAAAAGGAAGAGGGGAAUGUGGUCCCUGUUCAAGCACAGAAUGACACGCAGAGCACUGGCAAGCAGACUGCCAAUGCUGAUACCACAGUGGUGACAGAGGUGAAGAAAACUGGGAAGGUUGUCCCUAAAAUUCAAUCAAAGUCUGCUGCAUCCGAAAAGCGAGACAAUGCAGCUGAUUCCAGUAAAACAGAAACGAAGUCUGAUCAUGAUGACAACAAGGAAGAAAGAGGAACUGGUGAAAAAGGUGGCACAAAGACAGACAAGCAGAAAGCCUCUGAUAAAGAUGUUAAUAAUGUAAAGGGGAAAGUGAAAGAAGGGGACAAGUCACAUGAGCGGAAUGGAAAAGAUGAAUCUAAAAGCAAACCUAGUAAGGAAGUGAAGGAAAAGAGGAAGUCUGAUGAACCUCCCAGACACGCUGGAUUUAUUCUUCAAACAAAAACGACUAAAGAUUCUAAAAUGCGUUCUCUGUCAUUGUCACUGGAUUCAUUGCUGGAUUAUACAGACAAAGAUGUCGAAGAAUCAACUCUUGAGCUUUCAUUGUUUGCUGAAUCAUUUUAUGAAAUGCUCCAGUUUCAAAUGGGCAGUAGAAUUUUAACAUUUCUUCAGAAACUGCGUAUGAAUUUUGUUAUCAAAAGAAAUCAGAGGAAGAGGCAGCGGGAAGACGAGCAUGAGAAGGAUGACGUGAACAAGUCCUCCCCGGUUAAGCGUCAAAAGGGAGAUGAUUCUUCUGUGAAGAUUGAGCGGACGAAUAUGGACACUAACCCAACCCAUUUAGAUGAUGAGAAAGCUGUUUCUGAGAAUGAUAACUCUAAUAAUGAUAAGGAGGAUGUUGUGAAGAUGGAAGAGGAAUCAGAUGAGGAAGAAGAUCCUGAGGAGGAUCCGGAAGAAUAUGAGGAAAUGGAAGAUGGUAGUCCCAAACAUGAUGCAUCCGAUGACAAAAAUGUUGAGCAAGAAGCGAUUGCAGAUAUUAAACCUGAAAAUAUCACUAAUGAUAAAGCAACUGAUGAAACUUCUAAAGGAGAGAUCAAGGUUAAAGACGAGGUGCAAGAAUCCAAGGCCGAUACUCAGUUGAAAGAAGAAAAGGAUGACACAAAGAAAGAAACUCCUGCUGUUAAGGAGGUUGUUGUGGACAGAGAAUUGUUGCAGGCUUUCCGGUUUUUUGAUCGUAACCGGGUUGGGUACAUCAGGGUUGAAGAUAUGAGAAUAAUCAUACAUAAUAUGGGGAUGUUCCUUUCACACAGGGAUGUCAAGGAACUUGUACAAAGUGCAUUGUUGGAGAGCAACACUGGGAGGGACGACCGAAUUCUUUAUAAUAAGCUGGUGCGGAUGAGUGAUAUUUGAUAUACCCCUAUGUGUCUACUAUUGUCAAUGAGAAACACUGGAAUUGGCUGUUUUUGGAUAAAUUAAAGAUUAUUUUGUAAUUACAGUUGGACUAGUUUUGUAUUUUGUUUUGUGAUUGUUGAAGUAGCUGUUAAUGUAACAUUUUUCUUUAUUUUUUCAUGGUAUGCUACGUUCGUAUU